CCGUUAAUAACGCACGCCUAGUACAUCUACCCCCAGUAAUAAAAAUAAAAAAUGUCUAAGUGUGACUCCUGCAAAAGGAACCUAUCAAAAUCUUCUCCGGGACUAGAAUGCUGCAAGUGUGAACGGAUUGUGCAUCUAAAUCCAAAGUGCGCGGGGCUAACAAAUAAACAGAUUACUGCCCUAAAAGCGGCCCCCAAUCUGGAGUGGACGUGUCACGAAUGCCAGCAAGAACUCCCAAGACGCACUUCAAUUAUUACGCCUGAAGAGGACGAUGACGAAAGUGAUGCACCGGUUCAAAUCGACGCAAAAAAAUUACUAAGUAACAUCUCAAAAGACGUAGAAAGAGCGAUCAAAAACGAAAUGGCGCAGCUACACGAAUCCUUGCAAUUUCAUAGCGCAAAACUCGAUGAGGCUAUGGAAUGCAUCGAGGGCUUCAAAAAAACAAUUAAAGCUCUCGAGAGGAAGAACACAGAACUUAUAAAUAAAAAUAACAACCUUGAAACACGUGUCGGCGCCCUGGAACAACGGAUACAGGAGGCGGAACAGGAGAAGCUAGGAAAAUACAUCGAAAUAUCAAAUAUACCAAACCAAACAAAGGAAGACAUUCAAUUAAUUACUGAAAAUAUCGCAAAUAAACUUAACCAGGCUAAACAGGACAUCAAAAGUGCACGGAGACUACAGGGGCGGAAGGAGCAAACAGCAAAUAUACUAAUUGAACUGAUUGACGAAGAAGUGAAGGAAAAAUGGAUGACAGCAGCUAGAAAUACAAAGUUAAUAGUUGCAGCAGUAAUUCCGAACGAAAAAACUAACAACAACGCUGUCUAUGUACGCGAAGCCAUGACAAAGCAUCAUAAGCAAUUGUUCUGGAAUGCCAAACAGGAGUUGAAAAAUAAUCUCAACUACAAAUAUGUGUGGUUUAAAAGGGGACUAAUCAAAGCACGCAAAGGAGACAAUGAUAAAAUUAUUACUCUACGGUCCAUUAAAGAUAUACAUGCAUUGACUAACAACAAGGAAUAAUUAAGUAAGAAACUUCAUGUCUCUGCUCUUAUAUUAUUAAUUUAAAUUUAUUCUUUGUCUAUAAAAAUGGCUAAUUUGUGUAAUGAUAUAAUCGAAAUCAA